GGUCCUCCUCCUCUAUGCUGAGAGCUGCAGGCAGCAGCACACUCAUGACCAUCCAUUACUGCACAUGUCACAGCAGUAGGAAGUGAAGCAGGGAUCUGAGGCUGAUCUACAGAUACAGGUUGAACUUCAGUCGGCCGUUAGAGAGAUCCACGUUAUGCCUCUCCGGGUGGUGAUUCAGGGUCCGGGGCCCUGGGGCUUCAGGCUGGUCGGGGGGAAGGACUUCGAGCAGCCGCUGGCUAUUUCCCGGGUCAACCCCGGGAGUAAAGCAGCCCAAGCCAACCUUUGCGUCGGAGACAUAAUCAUGGCGAUCGAUGGAGAGCCGACAGAGAACAUGACUCACUUGGAAGCACAGAACAAGAUCAAGGGCUGCAUAGAGGAAAUGGUGCUCUCCAUAGACAGGUCAGAAACUAAAUUGUGGUCGCCGCUUUCGUCUGAGGAAGGGAAAACGCAUCCGUACAAGAUGAAUCUUGCAUCAGAGCCUCGGGAGGUGAAACACAUAGGCUCCACCCACAACAGGAGCGCCCUGCCUUUCACUGGUUUUGGCUCCAAAGUUGUGACCAACCAGUACAACAGCCCCUCUGGUCUGUACUCCUCAGAGAACAUCAAGAACUUCAACUCAUCAGUGGACGAAGUGAAGACCAUGGCUACAGCCAACAACCCCAACAACAUAGUUCCAUCAGAUCCGUCAAAGUCAGGCAAGCGGCCGCCUGUAGCAGCAGAUUCAGAGGUCUACAAGAUGCUGCAGGAGAACCAGGAGUCUGAUGAGCCUCCUCGACAGUCGGCUUCUUUCAAGGUGCUUCAGGAGAUUCUUGAAACAGGUGACUCAGACAAACCAUCAGGCUUCAGGAGUGUGAAAGCACCUACAACAAAGAUCGGAUCAUCAGUGGGGAACGCUGAGAAGUUACCCAUCUGUGACAAAUGUGGAUCUGGGAUUGUGGGGAUGGUGGUGAAGUUGAGAGACAAGUUCCGUCACCCCGACUGCUACACCUGCACAGACUGCGACGUCAACCUAAAACAGAAGGGACAUUUCUUUGUGGAGGACCAGAUUUACUGUGAGAAACACGCACGUGAGCGAGUGACCCCACCUGAGGGCUAUGACGUGGUCACCGUCUUCCCCAAGUAGAGCACUCACGGAGCUCGGCCUUGGACUGCACGCCACUACAGGACGCCAUGACGCAAUCCAAGACAUAGCAACACUUAACUCGAGCUACUCCUAAGACUAUGAAACGGUCUCUACUCCCACAUUGUGCUUCAGUGCUGUCACUGGUAGGCAGGACAGUAAGGAAUUAAAUGUUAAAAUGUUCAUUUGCACAUUAAGUUUGGCCUCUAAGAAAGGAAAAUUGACAAAUACUAGGAGAUGACAUUCAUUCCUUCUCUCCUUAAAAGUGAUUUGAAUGACAGCCACUGUGUCUUAGUCAUGUUUGUCUUUGUUCAUUAUGUUCUUUUGAAUGAUGAAACAAUGUAAAAGCCGGAGUACUUUUCAAUAAAAAAAAACUUCAUGUUUUCUACAGUUUUUAUUAAAUAAAUAAAUGUAGUUUUAUACAGGAAAAAUAACACAAAAACACAUGAGUGUCAUUGCCAAAUAAAUACGUUUAGCUUAAA